UUGAUACUGUCGAAGAUCUUACGAUUCACACACGCAUGAACCUUGACAUUUUCAAGUAGUUCACUUUAUCUACGAAAAUAGUGUCAAAUGGGCGCUGGUCAUUCAUCUUCUUCUCUCUCCCUCUCUUUGUCCAAUAGCUUCUCCUUCUGCCUUGCCAACGCCACCACUCUUUCUCCUCGCCAAUCAGAGUUGGGUUCCACCCUCAACCCCACCUCCAAAAUCGUUCGUACCCGUUAUCAAAAACCUACCAUGUCACAGUCUUCUUCUUCAGCAAUUCUGCCUGCGAAGUGUGGCAAAGUUGAAGAAAUCACAACCCCAGAGGAAAACCCUUCAAAACCCAUGUCUGAUCUUCACAGAAUCGACCCGGAAUUGCUUCAGAGAUUGGAGUAUGAUGCUCUGGUUUGGAGUUCGCUUCACGGGCUUGUUGUUGGAGACAAAAAUGUAAAGAGAUCAGGAAGAGUGCCUGGGGUGGGGAUGGUUCAUGCCCCAUUUGCUCUGCUGCCCAUGGCGUUCCCAGAAGGUCACUGGAAACAAGCAUGUGAGUUGGCCCCUAUUUUCAAUGAACUUGUUGAUCGAGUGAGUUUGGAUGGUGAUUUUUUGCAGCUCUCUCUCUCCAGAACAAAGAAAGUGGAUCCUUUCACCUCCAGACUAUUGGAUAUUCAUUCCAAGAUGCUAGAAAUUAACAAGAAAGAGGAAAUACGCUUGGGUUUAUAUCGCUCUGAUUAUAUGCUUGAUGAAAAAACUAAAUUGCUACUUCAGAUAGAGCUCAACACGAUUUCAUCUUCAUUUCCUGGCCUUGGUUGUCUUGUCAGCAAGCUUCACAGGAGCUUACUGAAUCAAUACGGUAAACAACUUGGGUUAGAUAGCAGAAGGAUUCCUGAGAAUUCAGCUGUGAGUCAGUUUGCAGAUGCAUUGGCUAAAGCAUGGACUGAAUUUAAUAAUCCAAGGGCUGUAGUUAUGAUUGUAGUCCAAACUGAAGAGCGCAAUAUGUACGACCAACAUUGGCUUUCUACUGUACUUGGGGAAAGGCACAAUGUUACAACCAUCCGAAAAACUUUGGCAGAAAUUGAUAAGCAAGGGGAACGUCUACCAGAUGGAACCCUUCUUGUUGGAGGUCAAGCAAUUGCAGUCAUCUAUUUCAGAGCAGGGUAUGCACCGACUGAUUAUCCAUCAGAAUCUGAAUGGAGGGCUAGGCUACUCAUGGAGCAUUCUUCUGCUAUCAAGUGCCCUUCAAUUUCUCAUCAUUUAGCAGGCACCAAGAAGAUACAGCAGGAGCUUGCAAAACCCAAUGUUCUUGAGAGGUUUCUUGAGAACAAAGGUGAUAUUGCCAAACUGCGAAAAUGCUUUGCGGGAUUGUGGAGUCUGGAUAACUCAAAUAUUGUGAAGGAUGCAAUUGAAAAACCUGAUUUUUUUGUUAUGAAACCACAAAGAGAAGGCGGAGGCAAUAAUAUCUAUGGAGAUGAUGUGAGGAAAAGUUUACUAAGAUUGCAAGAGGAAAAUACUGAAGAGCAUGCUGCCUACAUACUCAUGCAAAGGAUUUUCCCAAUUAUUGCACCCACAUUCUUGAUGCGGGAUGGUAUUUGUUAUAAAGAUCAUGCGGUCUCAGAACUCGGGAUUUAUAGUGCUUAUCUAAGAAACAAAGAUAGAGUAAUUGUGAAUGAGCAAUGCGGUUACUUAAUGCGAACAAAGGUUUCUUCAUCAAAUGAGGGAGGCGUAGCUGCUGGAUUUGCAGUUUUGGACAGCGUAUAUUUGGCUUGACAGAUGAUUUUCUUCUCUCUUUUCUUUGCUUCAUUCAUCAUUUUCCUCAUCUUUCCCGGAAAGUGAGGGAUGCAUUAAAUAUGGGGAUUCCAUGUUUGGCCCAUUUUUCGCUGGCAUUUACUCGAUUCUGUAUGGAAACAGCAGAAUGUUUGGCAGUCUCUUUGAUGGUGUUAUCUUGUAAUGAAUUUAAAAAUUAUCUAGCAUUCGGGCAGUUCUCUUUAUGAACACCUCA